AUGGCAUCGCCGCACCUCGAUAUCGCAAAGGUGUCCUUCGCGGCCCUCCUGCUUCGCCCAGACCCGACCGCGCAGUCUCGCGCAGAGAUUGACGACUUCUUGCGAAUUCUAGACACGACGAUAUCGCGAUGCUCUCCCGCAAACGUCCAGCAAUGCAAGCAAUGGAUAGUCGCCAACAUUGCCCAUUCUCCUGCCAGGACAGCCGCCCUCCUCAAGUACUUGACAGCUCUCGCGAGAUCGCUGACGCGACCACUGCUCGAGAGCCGACAAGCCCGUGAGCCCAGCUCGCGCCGCAGGCGACUUCACAUCCUAUACGUGCUCAAUGACGCGCUGUACCAUACCCGGGCCCGUACGCGGGAUGAGACAUUCUCGAAGCAUAUCGAAGCAGGCUUGCCCGAGCUUCUAAGACUCGCCGCUUCUUACACGCAUUGUGCCCGGCAUAUGAAUAAGAUCUGCGACCUGCUGAAGAUCUGGAAGGAGGAAGGAUAUGUCACCGCAGCAUCAUAUGACAGACUCAUGAGCACAGUUCGCGACGCACCCAAUAAUGCCGUCGACGAAAGUGCAUCAGCAGGCAAAACUCAGGGUUCUGGCGCACCAGCACCCAAGGCUGCGAAGAAUGCGCCAUUCCUCAUGCCAGCUAUUCACGGUGACGCCACUGCAGCCUGGUACGAUCUGCCAGCUGCGAGUUGGCUGCCGGUAAUGGAGCCCAACUCGACAAGGCCGAUGAAUCCGGAGAUGAUCAAGCCGCUGCAGUUCAAGCCAGGUCCGGCGGAGGCACACCUUGUUGAUGCCGUGAAGACUCUGCUCGCGGACGCCGAUCGUCUGUUUGCAAAGGAGCACGCCAUUGGUGAAGACGAUGAUGUUCAAAUAGAUCAACUGGGCCAGCCUAUCGUGCGCGAUGAAAUCACGGGAGAAAUUAUCGGUGGCCAAACAUAUUACGGGUGGUCGAGAGGUUUCUGCGAGAAAAUGAAGCAGCGUCGGGCGAAGAACGACAAACCGCAAAAUGUCGCAGUCGGAGCCGUAGGCGAGGACGCUCAUAUGCAAGCUCAAGAUCACGCUCGCGCUCGCGGAGCCGAGCUAGUCCCAGACGACAGUCUCGGUCUCGCAACCGAAGUCGCAGCUUCCUUCCAACCCCCGAUACCUCCGCCGCCGUUCCCGGUAGGGGCGGAAUUCAACAACGGCUUCCCAGCCUUCCCCCCAAGGCCACCAAACUUCCAAGGACAAUGGCCCCCCCCUAUUCCGCCACCACCCAUACCCCCUCAAGGCGUCGGCGCAGGAUUUCCCCAAGCAGGCUGGGUGCCCAGUAUGCCAGGCAUGAUGCCAGCAUGGAAUGGCGCUAUCCCUCCACCUCCACCUCCUCCACCCCUGCCGCAGCAUUCGCUUCCGCAGGGGCCAUCCCACGACCAGUUUGCCAAUCAGCAUUACGGGGCUAGAGUAGAUCAGUACAGAGGAGGCGGGCAGGGUGGUCAUCAUGGACAAAAUCACCAAGGAGGUUGGGGCAGAGGUCGUGGCUGGUGA